AAACACCAAACCCUCUUUGCUCUCCAUUCACCCCAACAUCAACACUCUCUCUCACAUGCAAAUCUUUACUCACCCAAAGCCAAUCAAGAUUCUCCUUUUGAUCCAAAACAAACCAUAGCAAAAAACAGACCCUUUUUAUUAUUAUUAAUUGGCUUAAAUUUAAGCAUCCAUGGCUGCAUAUGCAUCAUCACCAGCAGCAGCAGCAGCUGCUAUUGGGACUUGUUUUAAGCCUAAAUUCCCAGUUUCAAAAAGGCACAACAUUUCAUGUUCUCUUCAAGCUCCAUCAUUUCUUCAUUUGCCUAAGCAAUCAUCUUCAUCAUCACCACCUACUGAGAAACCCCAACAAUGGAAUCCUUUUCAAAGAGUUGCUGCUAUGGCUUUGGAUGUAGUGGAGAAUGCUUUGGUUUCUCACGAAAGUCAACACCCUCUUCCAAAAACAGCUGACCCCAGAGUUCAAAUCGCCGGUAAUUUCGCUCCGGUACCGGAACAACCUGUCAAACAUCGGUUACCUGUGAUUGGAACAAUCCCAGACCGCAUUCAAGGUGUGUACGUGCGAAACGGAGCUAACCCACUUCACGAACCAGUCGCCGGUCACCAUUUCUUCGACGGUGACGGUAUGGUUCAUGCGGUUCAGUUAAAAAAUGGGUCAGCUAGUUAUGCAUGUAGGUUCACUGAAACUAAUCGUUUAGUCCAAGAACGUGAUUUAGGCCGUCCUGUUUUCCCUAAAGCCAUCGGUGAACUCCAUGGUCAUUCCGGCAUAGCUAGACUGUUACUAUUUUACACUCGUGGACUGUUCGGCCUCGUUGAUCCAAGUCACGGCACCGGCGUUGCCAACGCUGGACUUGUUUACUUCAACGGCCAUUUACUCGCCAUGUCUGAAGAUGAUUUGCCUUACCAUGUUCAUAUAACUCCCGCCGGCGACUUAGAAACCAUCGGCAGAUACAAUUUCGACGGUCAAUUGAAUUCAACAAUGAUUGCUCACCCCAAAGUUGAUCCACAAUCGGGUGAAUUCUUUGCUCUUAGUUAUGAUGUUAUUCAAAAGCCAUACCUUAAGUACUUUCGUGUUUCACCGGAUGGUAAAAAGUCACCGGACGUUGAAAUUCCGGUGGAAGGUCCGACCAUGAUGCAUGACUUUGCUAUUACCGAGAAUUUCGUUGUGAUCCCAGACCAACAAGUAGUGUUCAAACUGCCUGAAAUGAUCCAUGGUGGGUCACCGGUGGUGUAUGAUAAGAACAAAAUGUCGAAAUUUGGGGUAUUAGCUAAGAAUGCCAUUGAUGGUUCAGAGAUUAAAUGGGUUGAAGCCCCUGAUUGCUUUUGUUUUCAUCUUUGGAAUGCUUGGGAAGAGCCUGAAACUGAUGAAAUUGUUGUAAUCGGUUCAUGCAUGACACCACCAGACUCCAUUUUUAACGAAAGUGAAGAAUCUCUCAAAAGUGUCCUCUCUGAAAUUAGACUCAACUUAAAGACCGGAAAAUCCACGCGCCGCCCUAUCAUAUCGGAAUCCGAACAAGUCAACUUGGAAGCAGGGAUGGUGAACCGGAAUUUACUAGGGAGAAAAACAAGGUUUGCUUAUUUGGCAUUGGCUGAACCAUGGCCUAAAGUUUCAGGGUUUGCCAAAGUUGAUCUAUCAACCGGUGAGGUAAAAAAAUACAUGUAUGGUGACCAUAGGUAUGGUGGUGAACCAUUGUUUUUCCCUCUAAACCUUUCGAAAAAUGAAGACGAUGGUUACAUUUUAGCUUUCGUUCACGAUGAAAGGACAUGGAAAUCGGAGUUGCAGAUCGUAAACGCCAUGGAUUUACAGCUAGAAGCUACGGUUAAGCUUCCAUCUCGAGUCCCAUAUGGUUUCCAUGGAACAUUCAUAAGUUCAAAGGACUUGGAAAAGCAGGCUUAAUUACAUAUCUUUCAUGUCCGUUUUACGAUUUUCAGGAAGAGACUUAUCAGUGGGAUGCAUGUAUAUACUGUCCCCGGAAUCCCUUCCUCUGUUUCAUAUAGGGGUUUUUAGAGAGACCAGUUUGUAGCUUUUGGGAUAUGUAGGUACAUACACUAUUUGAAGCUCAGCUGGUUUUAUGCAUAUAGUUUUUUUCACUUCAGUGUGCAUGAAACCGUACAUAAAAUUUAAAAGCAAAAUAUGUAGUGCUUGUAUCCUCUGUAAUUCUCUGUUUCUUUCUUUUCUUUUUUGGUUGUAAAUACUUGAAAUUUUACAUUAUAUAUAGAAAUACCAGUCU